CUCUCUCUCUCUCUCUCUCUCUCUUUCUUCAAGUCCUCCUCGUUGCGAUCUCUGUCGCUCCGUCUCUCUUUCUUGGUUCCGAGGAGACCCGAGAUUUGCUCCUCGUCUCUGUUCGUCUCUCUCUCUCUCGGUGGGGGAAUAGCGAGGAAGAAAUGGGUUUCUUCUCGUUCCUUGGAAGAGUGCUCUUCGCGUCCUUCUUUCUCGUCUCCGCAUGGCAGAUGUACAAUGAGUUUGCUGUAGAUGGGGGUGCUGCGGCAGCUAAGGAGUUGCGCCCCAAGUUAAGUCUUGCCUUGCACCAUCUGUCCUCCAAAUUGGGUGUUGCAACGCCUGAUGUUGAUGAUUUCAUGCAGACUAAACACGUGGUCGCAUCAAUCUACAUUCUUAAAGGCCUUGGAGGCAUUUUGUUCGUGUUCGGUAGCUCAUUUGGGGCUUAUCUCCUGCUUCUUCAAUUGGCGCUCACAACUCCAAUUCUCUUUGACUUCUACAACUAUGACCCAAGCAAGCCCGAGUUCGAGAAUCUUCUUUACAACUUUACACAGAACAUGGCAUUUUUCGGUGCCCUUCUGUUCUUCAUAGGGAUGAAGAAUUCGAUUCCGAGGAGGCAACUGAAGAAGAAGAACCCAAAAGUGAAACCAAAUUAGAAGCGGAGGGGCGUCGAACGGUCUCAAGCAUUUCCAGUUAGUGGGGUCUUCACUUGGGUGGUGGGGUUUUGAGUUCGCAUGUCAUGGGAUCUCUUGCAGCAUCCCCAGGUCGUAAACGAUAUUCGGGCUACUUUUUUUGGCACACAUUGUUGUGAUUUUUCGACUUCAAAGGUUAUUAGGGUGAUUCCCGGUUGAUGGGAGUGAUGAUGUUUGGUCAUUUUGGUUAAGUCCGUUGGUUCACGAAGGUUUAGUCCAGAAAGAGUUUGAAUUUAUCAUUAGAUGUUCAGGAUU